GAUGCUGGUGUUGAUGCUGCUGCUGCUGCUGCUGAUGCUGCGGAUGAGCAGCGGCUAUAGGGGCGGGCGGAGCCGGCACUAGGUGCACCGUGAGCCCGCUGCAGCCUCCACCCUCGCCCCCUCCAGCCCCAGCCCCAGCCCCAGGGAUGGCCGAGAGCCCGGCAGGCACACCCUGCACACCCUGCACACCCGGCGAGUUCGACAGCAAGUACUUCGAGUACAAUGGCGUGCGGCUGCCACCCUUCUGCAGGGGCAAGAUGGAAGAUAUCGCUGCCUUCCCGGUCAGGAAAAGCGACAUCUGGAUCGUCACCUACCCCAAGUCCGGGACCAGUCUCCUCCAGGAGCUGGUGUAUUUGGUGAACCAGGACGCUGAUCCAGAUGAGAUUGGGAUAAUGAACAUCGAUGAGCAGUUACCAGUCCUGGAAUAUCCUCAACCUGGCAUGGAUAUCAUUAAGGAGUUGACAUCCCCUCGCCUUGUAAAGAGUCACCUGCCAUAUCGUUUCCUACCAAGAGAUUUGCACAAUGGACAGUCAAAGGUCAUAUGCAUGGCCAGAAACCCCAAAGACUUGGUGGUGGCAUACUAUCAGUUUCACCGUUCUUUACGAACCAUGAGCUACAGAGGCACGUUUCAGGAAUUCUGCAGGCGGUUUAUGAAUGAUAAGUUGGGUUAUGGUUCGUGGUUUGAACACGUUCAGGAAUUCUGGGAGCAUCGCCUGGACUCUAACGUCCUCUUCCUGCUUUACGAAGAUUUACAUAAGAAUCUUGCAGGUACUGUGGAACAACUGGUGCGGUUUCUUGGGGUGACCUAUGAUAAAACACAAAUGGAGGCUAUCGCUGAACAUUGCCACCAGCUCGUGGACCAAUGCUGCAAUGCAGAUGCCCUUCCCAUUGGCAGAGGUCGAGUUGGCCUAUGGAAGGAAAUCUUCACUGUGUCAAUGAAUGAGAAAUUCGAUGCUGUUUUCAAACAGAAGAUGGGAAAAUCCGAUCUGACCUUCGACUUCAGCCUCUAAGGAAGCAACAUGCAUGCGCUUCAGUAUCCUCAAUACUAUCAAUGCAUCUCUGCAUUUGUUUAUCAUUCACUGGCUAAUCUUUGCUGUUAUGUGUAUUAUGACAGCUUUUAGUGAGAGAUAUUGGGUAUUCCAUAUCUAUAGCAACGGUCUCCUCACUUGCUGCUGCUUUGACGUGUAUAUGCCUUUAAGCAGAAUUGGAAGACGCAUAGUCUAAGAAAGCAACUUCAUUAUAAACUGUAGUAGUUGUGAUAGUAAGGACAAUUAUUCUGUACUCCAAAUUAAUUACUUAAAAGUAAGCAAAUACGUACUGGCAUUCCCACAAACUCAUUUGUACACUCAUGCACACACACAAAGUAAACCAAAAUGAAGGGAAAUUAGUGCUGAGAAAUAGAUUUUAUUUAUUUUCUGUAAUCAUGACAUUGCAUAUUCUAGUUAGCAUCAAUGCAGUGUCCACGCCUGCAUUAAAGUAAUUAAAAUCG